AUGGAUCUUUACUAUAAUGGAAACUGUUGGGGAAGUGUCCAGAAAAAUGAGCCUUGGGAUUUCCAUACUGCUGCAAUGGGGAUAUCCCUCCAAUCUGAAUCUUCAAAUUUCAUGUUCUCUCAACAUGUCUCAAGGGUAAAUUCUCAAGUUUCCAAUCUUUUUCCUGGCUGGAACUCUAACUCAAUCCUUGGAGAUAUAAGGCAAUGUCAACCCCAGCUGAUGCAUUUACAACAAAGUUUCGAACAAUUUAUCCAGCCAAAUGAGCUUUGUGGUAAAUCUACUACUUUCCAGACUUGUUCACGCUUUCUAGAUCGGAAUGAAAAUUGCGGGCAAAUGUCAGGGAAGAAAACACUGAAGCGACCCUGGCUAGAUUCAUGCUAUGACUCUGGAGGCAUGCUACGACCUGACAAAAUACUAAAAAUGAUGUCUGAUUUUGAUGUCUCUUCCAUUAAUGAUGCAAUCUCUGAUCAAUGGACUCCCAAGACGUCUCAACCUUAUUCUUUUGAAGAAGCACUUCCAGAAUUGCAGCAACAGCGAGAAAAUUCCAUUUCUUCUAUCUAUUCUGAUGUUGCAAAUUGCCAUGUGGAACGUUUUGCAUAUCCACGGCAUGAUUCUAUGAGCAUAUGUGGUCAAAUAUUAGAGGAGUCAGACCUCAGAAGCCAUGAUCCAAGAGAUAGCAGUAACUUAAUGGAAACUGACAAUAGAUUGAAUUCUAGUAUGCAUACUCUCUGGAGUGAUCCUAUUGCUACCGAUAUAGAGGACAUACAUGGCAAAACUGGAGUUUCGGAACAAUCGGAAAAUCCCAGACAUGAUUCUAUGCCAAUCAGUGAGACGGUGAACCAUGUGAUUGAUGAAAUGCUUCCGCAAACUUUCAAGAGUGAUACAAUUCAUUAUAAAGUCUUAGAAGCUGUAAUGGAGGAGCCAGACCCCAUUCUUGAUUCUAUGAGCAUUGACGAUACGUUUGGGAAGACUUUCAAGAGUACAACAGUUCACUCUAAAGGCUUAGAGGAUGAUCAUAUAUCAGAGGACUCGGACCCCGAAAACCAUGUUCCUGCCAACAGCAAUAACUCGAAGGAGACUAAAGUUAUUUUGAGUUCCAGUAUGCGUUCCCUCAGCGAUGUUUAUAUUGCUGCAGAUGUAGAGGACUCAGAUCCCGAAAACCUUGUUCCCGCAAACAGCAAUAACUCGAAGGAUACUGAAAUUAGUUUGAGUCCCAGUAUGCGUUCCCUCAGCGAUGUUUAUAUUGCUGCAGAUGUAGAGGACAUAAGUGGAAGAAUUGGAUUCAACCUGGCUCGGAUAAAUGCUGAAAAUAAAGUCAGUGAGGAAAAAGUUGAUGAAAAGAAGGAAACCAAGUUCUCAAAAAUGACAGCUAAUAUUGUUUCCUUAACUGAUUUUUUCACAAGUAAUCAAAUCAGAGAACACAUUAGAAGUCUGAGAAAGCAGCCUGUCCAGAUAGUUGUUAGUUGGGACUUGACAUGUUAUGAUUGCCUCUUUGAUCAAGUAAUCAAGAGUUUGAUCCUUACUACCAGCAUUUUUCAUUAUUCAAUUUAA